AUGCGAAAAGAGUAUAUGGGAAAGAAUCUGGCUGAGCUUCGUCGAGCAAUGCCAAAUGCCACUUUUUCAUUGCCAACUGCCCUCCGCUUGAUCUGUCAAUGUCUUGAGGCAGUGCACAUCCUACAUGCAUCCGGCUUCUUGCAUCGUGAUGUAAAGCCUUCCAACUUUGCCAUUAAUAGACUCUCUCAGCGAGAUCCAACCAUCACCUGUACUGCUGGUUCUGUUGGUCCGGUGGAAGGAGCCGUCCAGUUAUGCGACUUGGCUCCCAGAGAACAAGGCAUUGUCGAAACGACUGGUGAGCUGAAGACCAAGGCAAGCGUUAUUGGCUCUGGUAAAGUAAAUGGUACUAACAGUAACACCGAGGUUGAUGUAACUUCGGGUUCUGUUAGGUCUAGACCACCGGUCGCAGCGACUUCCAGUCUGGCAAAGGGUGAGGGCCUCCUUCAGAAGAAGCCAGCUCGGCUUGACGAGACGAUCUCUUGCGCAUCCUCCUAUUCGUCAUCAGUCAAAGGAGAGCAGGCAACUGGAGUAGCC